UGUGUAUUACGGAGGUGUGCCAAAAUGAUCCAAUCAGAAUAUUCCAUAAUACACACACCUUUCGAUAACAAUAGAAGUAUUCCGAACAAAGUGUUUUGUUUGUAGCCACUGCUCAAGUAAACACGCGAUAAUUACGAAAAGGAAUCUGAACAACCAAAAUGUUAAAGGUUGGAAAAGUAACCAAGAUAACUGCAAGCUUACAUCUCAUUACAAAUCUCGACUCAUCUACAAUCAAGCUCUGUGGCAAAUACUUUGACUCUACAAUUGUGUUUUCACAAAGGCAUCUCUCAUGUAUUUCUUUGAUCAAUGGUCAAUGGCUGAAGUUACCUUCAAAUUGCGCAAAGACUCGUACACAGUCUAGAGGGAAGUGUCGACAGUUUUCCUCACAGAAUGCUAACAGAUGCAGAGCAAGCUUUGGAGAUGCAUCCAAGUUUGGCAUGCAAGGACAGACAUUGUUUCGACGUAACACGCACAGUGUCUUUCCAUUAAGAGAGAAUGACUCGUCUGGCAGCAUGUACCUUGGAGAGCUGGAGGAUCAACUGUUUGACUUCCUACAGGAGGACAAUGAAAUGGUGCCCAUCGCAAAAUUUAAAAAGGCCAUCACGUCAACAGGUUUGCGAGAGUCUGACCCAAGACUGGCGGAAUGCAUGCGCAACCUUGCGCGUUAUCAGGAUACUCGCUGUGACGAGUCUUCGGCCCUCGGUCCCAUGAUUGGCAGGGACAUGUUCAAACAGUGCAUUGCACCAAACAUCGUUCUUAUCGCCAGUGCAUUCCGCAAUCAGCUCAUCAUUCCCGACUUCCACAAAUUCACCAGCACAAUAGACCAGAUGUACUGGAAUGCUCGUGACAAUAUUCAUGGAAAGGUUGCCACUUACAUACCCCAGCUUGCCAGGUACAGCCCAAACUUGUGGGGUAUUGCCAUGUGCACUGUUGAUGGACAGAGGUAUUCAGUGGGAGACGUGAACUACCCUUUCUGCCUGCAGUCUGUCUCUAAGCCCCUGACCUAUGCUAUGGCUCUCAACGACCUCUCGCCGGAAAUAGUGCACGAGUUCGUCGGGCAGGAGCCCAGCGGAGUGACCUUUAACAGCCUGUCGCUGGACUACAGAAAUAAACCUCACAAUCCUAUGAUCAACGCAGGAGCCAUCGCAAUCUGUUCUCUCUUAAAGCAGGGCGUCAACUUGGCCGACCGAUUUGAUUAUGUAACAUCAAUUUACAAGCGAUUGACCGGAGGAGAAUACCUGGCCUUUAACAAUUCUGUAUUUUUAUCAGAGAAAGAAACAGCAGACAGAAAUUUUGCCAUCGGAUAUUAUAUGAGGGAGAAAAAAUGUUUUCCUGAAGGCACCAAUUUAAUGGAAGUAUUAGACUUCUAUUUCCAGCUUUGCUCACUUGAAGUCACCUGUGAGUCAGGCUCGGUAAUUGCAGCAGCGCUAGCCAAUGGUGGAGUGUGUCCUAUAACGGGUGACAAGAUAUUCUCAGCAUCCUCAGUCCGUGACACACUGUCACUGAUGCUGUCUUGCGGGCUAUACGACUACUCUGGGGAAUUUGCUUUUAAGGUGGGUCUACCAGCCAAAUCCGGGGUCUCGGGUGUGAUCCUUAUCGUGGUUCCCAACAAGAUGGGCUUCUGUGUUUGGAGUCCGGCCCUAGACGUUUGGGGAAACAGUGUGCGCGGGGUCCAGUUCGCAAAGGACCUUGUUGCUAAGUUUAACUUCCACCACUAUGACAAUCUGAGAUUCACACCCAAGAAGAUCGACCCCUGUGUGAAACAGAUUGAGUCCCGAGCUACAGAUAUCGUCGGUCUACUCUUUAGCGCGUACAAUAACGAUGUAUCGGCACUCAAAAGGUACGCUCUAGGUGAUCUCAACAUGGAGCAGGCCGACUAUGACGGUAGGACUGCGCUGCACAUCGGGGCAGCCGAGGGCCACGAGGCGGUCAUUAAUUUUCUGAUAAGCAAAUGCAAGUGCAACCCCAAAGUUACAGACAGAUGGGGAUUCACGCCAUAUGACGAUGCUGUAAGGUUUGGGCACAAGAGAGUAGCUCACAUUCUUAAGGAGGCAAUGGACAAUUACAAUCCCGAUGAGAAGAUUGACCGCAGGUUGCAAGCCAUCGACAGUGUCACGUACAGCGAAAUUGCCUUCCAAAACAACCGAGAUACCGGUAAUAUAAGUGGACCUGCAGAAACUGACGAAGGAGUUGUGUACAAUAUUGACAACCCUUACCCCGAGUUAGCAAAAGCGAAAGAUGACGAAAAUUCACCUAAGAAAUUGUAAAUGGUUUGUUGGUAUUUCAGUGGUUAUUUUGUGGUCCUUAUUAUUUCAUAACCAAAUGGAAAAAGAAUGUUUGUCUUUUCCUUAGUCCUGUCCAAAUGUCUGAUAAUUGUCUUGACAUUAUUCUUGGAAAACCAGAAGUGUAUACCAAACAAUUGUACAUAAUUUGUUAUGUCCAUUUUAAAUUUAAUUCCCAAUUGCCUGGUAAAGCUUGAAUUUAAUAUUCUCAACAUGGGUGAAACAGCCUGGUAUUGUUAAAAGUGCAAAUACUGGGCAUUUGUCAAAGCUUGCGGAAAUCAUUCUGUAUUAUUUACACCAAAACGCUGUGUUUAUGCUAAAAAAAGAUUCUUUUGAAGCUUUUUGUAGUAUAUAGUGCAUUGCCAAAACACUGAGAUAUAAUCUAUAGAACACCAACUCUUAACAUUUUUAAGAGAAGUUGUUGUAUAGAUCACCUUAACUGUUAUUAGGGUAUUUGAAGUAUAGACCACUAAGUCAAAACUGUUACAAGAGUAUUUGUAGUAAAGAACACGAAGUCAAAACUGUUAUAGAAGUAUUUAUAGUAUAGAACUAAUCAAAACUGUUAUAAGAGUAUUUUUAGCAUAGGACACAAAUUCAAAACUGUUAUAGGAGAAUUUGUAGCAUAGAACACUUAGUCAAAACUGUUAUAAAAAAAUGUGUAGUAUAGAACUUAUCAACACUGUUAUGGGAGUAUUUUUAGCAUAGGACACAAAUUCAAAACUGUUAUAGGAGAGUUUGUAGUAAAGAACACAAUGUCGGAACUGUUAUAGGAGAAUUUGAAGUAAAGAACACUUAGUCAAAACUUUAAUAAGAGUAUUUGUAUAAUAGAACACAAUCUUAAAACUCGUAAAGGAGUAUUUGUAGUAUAGAACACCAAGGUGAAACAUUGCAUUUUUUUUUAAGAAAUUGAUUUUGUUCUUUUUGAUAUGGUUAGUAAAAGUAUAUAAUACAACAAUUGAUGUUUGUCAAGGGAACUUGUUUUGUCCUUUAGAUACUUUUACUAUUUAUAUCACUGUAUAUCAAUAUAUUUUUUAUUGCUUUAUUUAAAUAUGUUUUUAAAAUCUCAAAUUUUGCGAUGCAUACUCAUUCUGUGUUUUUAAGAUGUCUACAUUUUUAGCUCGACUAUUAUAUAUGAAAUAUAUAUAGUGGAGCUAUCCUAAUUACCCCGGCGUUAGCGUUCCCGUUAGCGUGCAAAUGUUAAAGUUUGCGUACUACCCCAAAUAUUUCCUAUGUCCUUUGACAUAUUGCUUUUAUUUUUUGCAUACUUCUAUACUAACAUGGCCCCAAUGUAUAAACAAGAGCAGACAACUGUAUCAAGCAUUUUGACAGAAUUAUUGCCCCUUUUAUACUUAGAAUAUGCAUAUUAUUGAUAAAUCUAUGUUAAAGUUUGCGCACUACCCCAAAUAUUUCCUAUGUCCUUUGACAUAUUGCUUUUAUAUUUUGCAUACUUCUUUACUAACAUGAUCCCAAUCUAUAAAUAAGAGCAGACAACUGUAUCAAGCAUUUUGACAGAAUUAUGGCCCCUUUUAUACUUAGAUAAUUGAACAUUUUGCUUAAAUUGCCAUAACUUCUUUAAUUAUGAUCACAUUUGAUUCAUACUUUGACAAAACAACACUUACCUGACAUACCACAAUGCACUCCACCCAAACCAUCCCCCAUGCCCCACCCCAGAAUCCCCCCCGCCCGAAAAAAAUCCCUUAUUUUUGAAAGAUCAUCUAUUAAAUGACCACACACCCACAUUAUACCCCCCCCCCCUCUCUAUGAUGGCUUACUUUAUACUGUCAAGCACUCGAAUAGUCGAGCGCGCUGUCCUCUGACAGCUCUUGUUAUGUUAUGUUUUGGAAAUUUCAUUGAGGAAUGUUUAUGAAUUUUAUUUUAGAUCUGAAAUUCUAUAUACGUAUUGAAUUUGCAAAUGGUUGUUUAUAUAUGACUUUGAUACCCUUUGUGCAUAUAUAGUUUGUAUUAUUAUACAAGUCUUUGUAGACUAUUCAUGCUAUACCUCAUCACAAUUCGUAGUUUAAGCUGGUGUCCCUAACGGAAUACAUGUACGUAUGAUAAUCACUUCAACUAUCACAGCAUACAUAGGAUAAUAACAUGCAUCACGCAAGGAAAAUUAAAAAUAAAUCAAAAUGUAUACUUUUUUCAACUGUGCUUCCAUACAUUUGACAAAACUAAAUUCAUGUUGUUCAAAAUAAAGAAAAACUUUAAAUUCAAAUAUUAAAAGGCCUAAACAAGUCAUUGAACUUACAUGUUUUUUAAAUAUAAAAUGUAAUGAUUUUAAUUAUAAAAUAAGGAUUUUUUCUACAUUUUUUUGGCUAAAAACGGCAAUUUAUAGCAAAUUCUAUAAUGAUAAACCAUAUCAAUUUUUCAAUUAAUAAAACACAAUUUUGUAUCAAUCCAUUAAGCAAAUAAAAAUUUGUUUUGAACAUGUUAAUUAAAUUUAUUAUGUUCAAACUAAGAUAAAUUAUGGGGACUUUUGAAAUUGCAAGGAAACCUUAUUCAAAACAUUAAGUUGUGAUUAUUUCACUUGUUUUAAUAUAGUUAAUACUGUCUUGGAUACAUGAAAAUAUUUGUAUCCAUGAAGUUACUUGUAGAACUUACAUGGUAUAAAUGUGAUAUUAUUAGAAAAUUGUUAUAUACACGGGUAUAUUUUUAGCUUACCUGAGCACAAAGUGCUCAACUUGUCCAGCGUCAUGUUUUAACCCAUUUAUGCCUAGUAUACUCUCCCAUCCUUCUAAAUUGGAACAAUUUAUUUCCAAAAUUAGGGAUGUCUAGUUUAUUUAUUUCUAUAUUUAAAAUAUUUCUUACAGAAAUUCAUUUAAGCAAACAGCGUAGACCCUGAUAAGACGCCGCAUCAUGGGGCGUCUCAUCUGGGUCUACGC